ACAGCUCACCUGCUCCCCCAUUUGAUAGUGUCAACUUUCAAUGUUACUCAAUCCCUCUACCGGAAAUACCUUCCUCGACUUUCCCAUCUAUCAAAAUCUCACAUAAUUCAAUUAUAAUAUGGACUAUGAUGACACCACAUCAAUCCACAAUCUCCCCAUCUACAAAGCUGCGAUCAACAAUGAUUGGGACACCGUGGAGAACACUUUUAACAUUUAUCCUGAUAAACUCGAUGCAAAAAUUACCUAUUGGUGGGAAAGACCACUGCACAUAGCAAUUGGAACCAACUCUUCCCACCAGUUUGUUAAUAAAAUCAUCGAAAAGAUUGUGGAUACAGACGUUCAGAAACUGAGGGCCAAAAGCUGGUGGGGAAACACCGCCCUUCACUAUGCUGCCAAGGUCGGGAACACUGCAGGUGCUAGGCUAUUGGUAUCAAAAGAUCCGGGAAUUGCCCAGAUUUCUAAUAGAGACGGGCACACUGCCCUAAAGCUGGCAGCAUGGUAUGGUCGAGAAGAUACACUCAAGUACUUAUUGGAGGUGACUAAAGAUGAGCCUGGGGAGGAUGGUACCAGUCCAUACACUGGGGUUUCUGGUGCUGAUCUAGUAACCCUCACCCUAACUUCCAGUUUUUGUGAUGUAGCCCUCUUUCUAGUCAAAAAGUACCCGAAUUUGGUUGCACAGAAAGAUAGGAAUGGUCAGACUGCCUUAGAAGUGCUGGCUACAAAACCACAUGUUUUUCCUAGUGGAAGUCAGCUACAGUACUUCCAGCAUCUCAUUUACUCAUGGAUUCCUGUGAACCUUGAAAACGCAUCAGACUACCCCUUGAGGUCGCUUAUCUUUUCGUUGAUCCUACUGGUAGCCCCGUGUACUAAAAACUUAUAUAAUAUGAAACUAAAGCAUUUGCAGACAUUAAAGCUUGUGGAGCGAAUGUGUUUGAUUGUCAUAGAAAAAGGCAGUCAUAAUAUAGCAUGGGAUAUCCUAGGAACUGCAGUAUCUACAGCUGUAAAAUUUGGGAUUUAUGAACUUAUAAAAGUGUGUGUUGAGACUUAUCCAGAUAUAGUUUGGUAUGAAGAUGGAGGGUUCUACUUGUUCAUUGCUGCCAUAAGAUAUCGUCAAGAAAAAGUUUUUAAUCUUGCAUACCGGAUGACGGGGCAUAAAGUUUUUGCAGCAACUGCCAAUAGUAAUCAAGACAAUCCCUUGCAUAUAGCCGCAAGGUUGUCGCCUCUCCCCCGCCUUAAGACAGUUAGUGGUGCAGCUUUGCAAAUGCAAAGGGAACUUCAGUGGUUCAAGGAAGUGGAAAAGCAUGUGGAACCUAUGUAUAAGGAAGCUCUAAACAAAGAUCUCAAGACACCUAGAAUGGUAUUUACUGAAGAGCAUAAGGACUUACUUGACGAAGGAGAAACAUGGAUGAAGGACACAUCAUCCUCGUCUACGGUUGUGGGGGCACUCGUGGUCACAAUGGCGUUUGCAGCAGCCUUUACAGUGCCAGGUGGCAACGACAGUGCCGGUUUACCACUCUUCCUAGAGGAUGGAAUCUUUCUCUUGUUUAUAGUAUCAGAUGCCAUUGCACUAUUUGCUUCAACGACUUCCGUUUUGAUGUUCUUGGCAAUACUUACUUCCCGUUAUGCAGAAGAAGAUUUUUUCUAUGCGCUACCUAAGAGGAUGAUGAUUGCACUCGUGUCACUUUUUUUGUCACUUGCUGCCACAAUGAUAGCAUUUAGUGCAACACUUGCAUUAGUGCUUCAGGAUGAAAUAUCAUGGAUAGCUGCACCUGUUAUAUUGUUUGCCUCGGUUCCAGUGACGUUAUUUGCUAUGCUUCAAUUUCCUUUGCUAGUCGAGCUAGUCUAUUCCACAUACGGGCCAAGCAUAUUUCUCAAUAUAUAACACAUGCCCGUUCUUUUUUUUGGUCA